CUCGUUGCAACAGUCGCGUUAGGUUGGUUUGGACACUAGCGUGGACUGAUCCCGAGUCUUUGUCGUGUAUACGAGAAGUGCCAGCGCCACCAUGUCAACUAGCGGCUGCCUAGCAUCCCCCGUCGAGGCUACUAUGACAACCAACGCUGAAUCGAGUGGCUUUGCCCAAAGCUCCGUCACCACGGAUCCCGUCCAGGUUCACCACCCCGAACCGUUCCCCCGGCCACAAGUGAACAUGCAGAGUGAAGGACGUCUAGUGACGACACCCAGCGGCGAGAAGAACGUGCUCACACUGGGCGCCGAGAAAGGUCUGAGCAAGAGUGGUCUCACCGUCAGCAUAGUCGUCGAGCCAGUGGACCCCUCCGCAGCGGCUUGCGUCGACGACGACCCCUACACCUGCAAAACACCCACACCUGCCGAGGAAGACAUGGUUCGAAGCCUAAUUAUGAACGCCGAACUGCGUAAGGAGGAGUUCGCCAAGCUGCUCGAAGAGCACGCCCAGAUCGUCAUGGAGAUUAACAAGGCCGAGAACAGCCUCGCAUAGCCGCUCGUGGGGAAAACAGAAUCGCCAUCAAUGUUAUCGCCACCAUUGCCACCUCCAGCGCCACUCCACGGCUGGGGGCAGAGCCGCCACCUAGGCCAACGUAGUACCACCAUCACAACACCGGAAGACAGCGUCGGGAGUCUCCCGCAACACUUCGUGCCAUUAGGCAUCCUGCUAGAAGGUCGGCGUCUCAUCACAAAACCGUUUCAUUUUGUUUCUUCCCUUUGUGGCUGACGUGUUCUAGAAUGAAGGUAGACACUACUCUGGGCUCCUAGGCGUGGCACACUUGUACUAUAGAGCGCCUUCCAGUGCCGAUAUUUGACGUCCUCACGCAUUUUCAAACGCGUUGUUGGAUGUCUCGUCCUUGUUUGUGCAAAUGACCUUACACUAUGGGCGUUUGGCGUUCUAGUGAUCGCACUUUAUUUACACUAUCCCUCUGACUUCAUCAACUCUGAAAGUUUGCAGAGGUCCGCUAUUUUUCGUUACGAACCGAGUUCCCUAAUAUUAGUUUCCCUGAGAAGCACCAACUAACACUGUAUAACCUCUCAUGCACAAAUUGCAGUUCUUACGUAUAGUCUGCCACGUUGGCUGCUUUUGCCACGAGCAUGACAAAAACCACUCGAUGUGGUGAGAAUAGGAAGAGCAUUUCAUGAAGUAAAGGCCCAAGUCUUGCUACUGGAGCUUUUAAAACGUACUACCUUAAGCCUCGAUCACCCAACUGUUACUCGAUCGCCCAACUACUGCGGCCAACGAAAAUGAGCUUUGUAUAGCAACGACACCUAUAGAUGUUCAGCCUCAGAGCCGCUGGAAAGUCUGUCUGGAGUUACCACGCAGGAAGGGAGGUAUGCACAUGUGUGUUAAUAGGGCGCCUGCCUUCUUAUGCACUUUGCAUUUCAUCUACUGCCGGUAAGUGGUUUAGACCAGAAGCAACCCACUUGAAAUCCAAUUAGAGCACAAUAGUUCGCGGUAAGAAGUCAACGGGUGUAAUAGGUGGAGAAUUUACGGCAACGUUGUUUGCGUUCCCUUGAGAUUAACCUUCGCUCGAGAUUAAGCCUGAAAGUAGCAUGAGCUUGUAUUGCUUGGCAUCAGUAACGAAUGACAUUUUGCAUCGACGUAGGAAAACACCCACAUAGUUUUGGGACGUGUUUCACGACGUCGUUAGCUUUCGUCCGCGUUUUUGCCUAGCGUAACGACAAGUAGUUAGCGUGACGCAUUGGUACUUCACUGGCGCUGUGCGACCCGCGGCUUAUCAAACCUUUUGAGAACCUGAUUUGCAAUUUAGGUUGUUCUAUAGAAAUAAACAAUAGGUGAUUGCACCUACGUUCCCUGUGGUGGCGCGGUUUUGUUAACAGGUGGGAGAAAAACAGUUUACAGAAGUAGCAGGUAAAGCGUAGCAAAACCGAUCACUGGUUGUACUGCGUAUAUGAAGGAAAAUGAACAUUAGGUGCCUGAAACUUUCGGGCUCUGCGUUGAUACUAUUUGCGAGUUUUUCACCUUCGCUUCGCAAUUUAAUAGCUGCGAGAAGCAAAAACAUGAGCGUAACUCUGCCACGGGACUACUCUUAUUCCAUUUGUGAUGACAUACCGAGUUGCGAAGGUGCAAGCGAUUCUUUAAAUUUGUAGUGAUGUUUGAUGCAGCGUAGACAUAGCCGCUCGAGACUUAGUGUUUGGAAUUUUCGCUUGCGAAACGCCAAAUGCCAGUGUUUGUUACUUUGUCCUGGACUGUAGUCUCCGAUCAGUUGUCCUGUGCUGGUGCAAAUAUUCUGGGUUCUUCGUACAUUUAUGGCCAGGUAGGGAACGUUAAUCUGCCGACUCAUAGACUGCAAACAUUCUUUGUUCAAGGGUAUCAUUGGAUAUAUUUACCAAUUAUUGAGCACACGUCUUUAGUACACUAUGUUUGCAAAACUACUGUUCUGAUCAGACGACUACGGUGACUGUCAGUUUGUUAACAUUUGCAGAGGUCGCUGCCUGAUGCAAUUCUUCUUGGCCGUUUUUAGAGCUACUGAUUCUUUCGUUAUCAAACAUCUUGAACGCAUCGCAGAUACCAGGAGGACUCCAGAAGAGCAAAGGACACGCCACAGUGCUGCGAUUUUUCUAGCGCCCUUGUAUAUGCGAUGAGUGCAGGAUAUUCAAGAAGCAUUACCAAAUCGAUUCCUCGAGAAAUUUCUUUGCGGGGCCUUGGUUUAUCGUGUUUAGAUGGCUCCAGGGUGUAAGAGCCCUUCUGCCGCCAAGGAGACACACAUAACGUUCGUCCCAUAAAGCCGCACUAAAGGCGUAGCGUUGGGUUGUGCAAACCGAAAAUCUAAUAAACAAAAUAGGAGACCUACGUUUCUGGUGUCAACCCGCUGUUGAACAUGGAUUUAGACAUGUAGGGCCUGCACCUAAGUAAUGCUCAGGCGUCGUAUAUUAAACGAAGCAGCACAAAUGUGAUGUCCUCUGAUAUAAAAGAACUGUCCGUAUCACGAAGAGUGCCAGAUCUAUAUUUUUCUUUCCUCCACAAUGAUCUUGUCGCCCUUCGUGUCGGACACGUCUGCCAUUUCGUGCGUCAUUAUUUUGGCUGCCAAUGUCUGUAUUUGUGUUAUUCAAAUUUAUGUAUUUUGGCUGCUUUUGACGAAUUAUGGUUGUGUGCUAGCGCUAUAUUUACGGAGUGAUACAGUCACUCUUGCAGCGAUGUACAUAGCGUCUAUUGUACAUUUGUCUUCAGUUUUUUUCUUUUCGUCCAACUUAGCUGAAACGGCGUCCAGUAGUUUUCAAACUGUGCGCGCGUAGUAGAGGUAUAUAUGUAAUGUGUUAGAGGCGUGAUUUCUAUUUUUUGAACACAUGUGCUUUUAUUUUCUUUGCGGUAACCGGCGUGCAUACACUAUGUGAACAGUUGUGAUGUCGAGCGGAUAAAUGAAUAACUUGUGCAAAGGACGUUCGUGAUGUCUCCUCAUGUACACAAUCGAUAGAACCGUAAUACCCUGCAGCUGAUAGCUUUCUUUGAGGGGGGGGGGGGGGUGACUUUUUGUUUUUUACAACUUUUUUGUGUGAUAUUGCUUGCAGAAUAAUACAUGUUGGGAUGAAAAAAAACGGUUGUCACUCGUUUCAUUCGGUGCUGUUAAGCGCAGCGGAUAAGUCAUCUGGUCGCUUAACUAACGCGCUCAAUUUACCUAGACCAGACGCCCUCGUAAGUUGCAUCUCGGUACGGCUGUAAUCGACCAUUACACGUGAAAAUAUAAUUCGUGAUGUACAAAUACAGCAUUCGAGAAACGGGUAGUUCUCUACCAUACACGGUUCACGCCAUCAAAAGACUGAAGUAACGUCAGUCAUUGCAGUCUGUGCUUCGGUUCAACGCCGCGUCACCAGAUGCCGCCACCAGUGUUACUGUUGCUGAUGUACGUCAUGCGAUUCCGAUGACGUUUGAGUCCAUCUAUGGCCUAUCCGCUGCGCUUGAGUGUUGCCACGCUUCUGGUGCGUUGUGUCCCCAACACACUUGUAUUGAAAUGAUUUACGCCCACGUUGUCUAAUCAAAAUUUGUAUGACUGUCUCGACGGUGCCGUGAAAUUACAAUAAAUGGCAGCGUCUGUUGGUGGUUGAAAAAAAAAUGCCGGCGCAGUGGUGAACAGUUCCUUUUAUGUUUAAAUGCUGCUCUCCUUCCUAAGUAUUUCAACUGUGUGCAUGCGUGAACUUUCCAAGCCACUUGUUCUUAUUGAGUUUGUUCUGUUGUUCGUGCUAAUAUUUUGCGACGUGUGACGAGGCUGUCAUUUGCUAGGAAACUUCUGUUCAUAGAAGUGUUUGCCAUGUGUGAUGGUUAUUUAUUUUAUUUAUUAUUUUUUUCGAAAUUUCCCCGUAAUGACUCCCUGAGCACUUAAGUCCUGUAGCAAAAAAUGUGAUCUAAAGAUGAGUACGGCAAAAAACUAUCUUGCGCAAAUUUCUACGCUUUAGGCGUUUCUCGCGAAUUUGGGAAUGUGAGGCCAGCUUAGUCACUCGUUUGCCAGGACGCGGAACGUGGACUACUUCAGCUCGUAAUGAAAUUCUAUUCUGAGAGCGGUUAGCGUGCCUCGAGUACUACGUCUGGCAACGAAUGACUUGCAGCGAAGUUCACAUUAAGCUGGGUCACAGGUGAAGGCGUUCGUGAAACCGGGCUUAUUCGAGAAUCGUAUGUUACGAUAUUUUUUUCUCUAGAAUAAAAACUCAGCGGAUGUUUGGCUCUGUAAAACGGAAGUGCUUGGGGGGAACGUGCGGGGCAUUUAUCUUUUUCACAUUGUUGUGGCGAUUUUGUGAGAGGGUCGUUGAAAUUUCCCUGCCUUAGUCGUUGAUGCUCUGUCCUCUACGUUAUUUAAGUGAGAAACAAAAAAGAAAGAAAACCAAAGCGAAGCGUGUGUUUCACUCGCAGUUCGGUAGGAGUGAUUGUGAUCAUGUAGCCGUACAGGAAAACCUGUUUUGUAUAGACUUUGUAAGCGUUUGUUCAUAUAGGUGUAUCUUUGUGAUUCUUGUUUAUACAUAAAGUGUCUUCACACCACACCAA